AAGCGUGUGCACUUCAAGAGCUUGUGAGCCAGUCGGGCUGGGACCAGGCAGAUACGGGAGUUGCCCUUGAAGAACUUGUCAGUAUGGCAAAAGUUAGGAUUCGUUGCAAAGUGGAAUUGACAGUGUUUUAACAGCCUCAUCGUACACCACAACUCCUCGGCUUAAUGAAGGCUAAACCCAUAACUUCUGCGAGUGGCCAUAUCAGUGCGGGAUACAGCAAUGGAAGGUGGAGUGGUUCACUCUAUGCAGGUCCAAGGUUCCGUACAGGAGGUUUCUUCAAGCGAUGGAUGCCUUAAUGAUUCAUUGGAGGAUGAAAUUCUUGCCUUUCUUAUUGAUGGUGAAGCUCAAUUGCACACAUAUGAUGAUCUCACCAAAGUCAACCCUGUGACGCCAACAACCGUGCUGAGAUGCCUGCAGGCCAGGUACAGCGUGAAAGUAUUUUACACCCAUGCUGGCUGCACCUUGGUGGCUCUUAACCCCUUCCGACCCGUCCCUGAGCUUUACUCCCUGGAUGUGAUGAAAGAAUAUCACAAUGCUGCCCAGCUCAAGGAGCCCAAGCCACAUAUCUUUAUCGUGGCAGAGGAAGCCUACAGGAAUGUUCAGGGCCAGCUGGGGCCAGUGAACCAGUCCUUGGUGGUCAGCGGGGAGAGCGGUGCAGGAAAGACUUGGACUUCUCGUUGUCUGAUGAAAUACUACGCCACAGUGGCAGCCCCCUCCUCAGUGGUGGAAAGUCAUGACACUGUGGAGAGGAUUGAGAGGCGAGUGCUGGACUCCAACCCCAUCAUGGAAGCUUUCGGCAAUGCGUGCACACUUCGCAACAACAACAGCAGUCGCUUUGGAAAGUACAUCCAGCUCCAACUCGACAGAGGUCAGCUUUUAGUCGGGGCAUCUGUGCAGACAUAUUUACUGGAGAAGACCAGAGUUGCCUUCCAACCAGCUAAUGAAAGGAACUUCCACAUCUUUUACCAGAUGAUGAAAGGAGCCACGAAUGAGCAGAGAAAAGAGUGGAACAUGUCACGAGGUCACAACUUUGUGUGGCUGCCAAAUGUCGAAAAAACGAUUGAGGAGGACUGUUUUCAAGAGACACUUGAUGCAAUGGUCCACUUGCGUAUAAAUACACAGAGGCAAAGAGAGAUAUUUAAGAUGCUAGCUGGUAUUCUGCAUCUGGGCAAUGUGAAAUUCUCAAUUUCAGCUGAUGAAACGCAGCCGUGUGACAUAAAGGAACAGUCCAAAGUCUCCUUGCAUUGGGCGGCUGAACUGUUGCAAAUUCCUGCUGAGGAGCUUCAGACAUGUCUAAAUGUGAGGACAUUAAAAGCAGGGAGGCAGAGUGUACACAAACCCUGUUCCCAGGCAGAAUGCUGCGUGCGGAGAGACUGCCUUGCCAAAGUCGUCUAUGCAAAAUUAUUUGAAUGGCUGGUGACAUUUAUCAACAACAGCAUUUGUGCUGACAAAUCCACUUGGUGCAACUUCAUAGGUGUGCUCGAUGUAUACGGUUUUGAAUGUUUCCAAAGUAACAGUUUGGAGCAGCUUUGUAUCAACUAUGCCAAUGAAAAACUCCAGCAGCACUUUGUUAGCCAUUAUCUACGAGCUCAGCAGGAGGACUAUAUGUCGGAGGGAUUGCAGUGGUCCUUUGUCAAAUACCAAGAUAACCAAAGCUGUUUGGAUCUCCUCGAAGGAAGCCCUAAUAGUGUGUUUUCUCUUCUCGAUGAGGAGAGCCGACUUAAUCGAGCCUCGGAUGCCAAGGCGCUUAGGAUUCGUCUGGAGAAGGAGCUUGCUGGCAACGGCAACAUCAGCUGGGAUAAAUUCAGCAAAGUGCCACACUUCACUGUGGCCCAUUACGCUGGCAAAGUCAACUACAAGAUAGAAGGCAUGGUGGAGAAAAACAAGGAUCCAGUGGCCCCUGAGAUCAUCAGUCUGCUUCAGAUGUCAGAUAAUCCCCUGCUUCAGCAGAUCUUCACAGAAAAGAAAACUCACAACUCCUCAAGCAAGGGGCUCAGUAAAGUCACCGUAGUCUCAAAGUUCAAGAACUCCCUGCAGAGCUUAAUGAGCAUCCUCCACAGCACAACUCCUCACUACACUCGCUGCAUUAAACCCAAUUCUGACUGCAAGCCUUUCAUCUUUAAAAAGGAGGAGGUGAUCAUGCAGUUGGAGGCUUGUGGGAUUGUAGAGACGAUACACAUAAGCGCUGCUGGCUUUCCUAUAAGGAUUCCGUUCAAGUGUUUCAUACAACGCUAUGGAUGCACACUGAAACACUCAAGUUUCAAAUCAGAAGUUGAAAACCAUGUGAAGGCCGGCUGUGACCACGACAUGGAUCUACAGGAGGUUCAGAGGAUACUUAGCCUGGCGUUCCAACAUCCAGCACAUAUUAGAAGGGAACCAAAAUCUUUGGUGCACUGUGGGCGGACUAAAGUUUUUCUCACCCAGUCAAUGUUAGACUUACUGGAAGAUCAGAGGAAGAAGAUUCUCUACAAGUGUGCUUUCUGCAUUCAGUGCUGCUGGAUGCGCUACCAACGGCGCAAACGUUUUGAGCGACGGCAUUCUGCUACUCUAAUCCAAGCAGCGGUGCGUUCUUGGCUUGUCAGGAGGCGGGUCCAGAGAUGGGACAGAGCUGCGACACUUAUACAGAAAUCCUGGAGGAAGUGGAGGGCAUUGUUGAAUUCAUUGGCCGAGGAAGAGCUCGAUGAUGUAGAAGACCUCAUCAUGCAGGAAGACGUGUCAGAAUUAAACGCCAUCAUCGGGGAACAGGGCUCGGUGCAGCUGUCCAGCAUACAGGAGCCGGUCACUGUGCGAGGAUGGCCUAUGGGUCUGGCUUUACCCUCGCCCCCAUCCAUCACAGUAUCGAUGAGGGCCACUGGCUUUCACAAGAUGAUGUCUGUGGUGGCCUCUCUCAAACUGCCAUCCAAGAGAGGAGAGUACAAGGUGGAAACCAACCAGAGCAUGCAAGGAAUCGCCUCUAUUCGGGCUCAACCCAGGGGAUCUGUUAAACUGCACUGCCAACGGUCGCCCCUUCUUUAUGCAAACAGCCAGCCAGAGAUGAGGAAUUAUGUGACCGGCUUCAAUGAGAUCCUGUUGGAGAAGACUUUGUAACAGUACAGCCUACUUCCAUGUGCAAGCUGCUUUUACAGAAAAGUUGUCAUGUGACACAGAGGGAAAUGUUCUAAUAAUUUUGUCACGUUACUUUUCAGCAUAAGGUGGCUUUUGAAUGCAGUACGGUUCAACGGCUUUUAUAGUUUUAAGCGCACUACAACCAUUUCAGGUGAACUUAAUUACUUUUUUUAAACUUUAGACUGCACGUCCAACUGUUUAGUGGUUGAGUACUUUUUGCACAACUUGUUCUCUAAAAGGAGCUGAAUGACAAAAUUCACCAUCAAUCGACUAAUACGUUUUAAAUUUGAAUUGGUUCAUCACUGAUCAACACUAACUAGCCGUUGUGAAGCUUUGCAUGGGAUGUUCUCAAAGUAAAGUGGUCACUUGAGUUUAGAGCAGUGGUCUCCAAACUACAGCCUGGGGGCCAUUUGUGGGCUGCUGUCCAUUUUUUUUGUGACCCAUUGCGUGCCAUAUACUAAAAUUAAAACUUGGACAUGGCUUGUGUCAUUUGCUUGCAUUGCCCUAUCAGCUUUCUACACUGGAUAAUAAUAGUGCUUCUCUUGCAAACAGAUGGAUGUUGCCACUUGAGGAAAAUAUUUUGUGUCAGUGCUGCCUUCCAUUGAAUUUAAAUCACAAAGUGUUGUAGCUUAGAUGAGUGAAAAUCAACAACAAAAAUGGGCUGAUGAUAUUUAUUACCGUAGUUGUCAUGAUGUACUCUAUCAUGAAAAAGACUGACAUGCACAUAAAAUGUCAACACAUACUUUGACUUGCAUUUUGCAGAACCAAAGUGGGUUUGCAUUUUUUGCACAUCGAAAGCAGAUAUUGCACAUCCAAACACCAAACAAUUUACAUGCGAUUCAGGAAGAGAGUUCAUCAGACUGCUGCUUUAAUCUGCACGCCAGUGGAAUAUUUGGAACUUGUUUCAUCCAUUUAUUUUUAAAUAUUGUUUGUCAUUGGAAUAUCGUGCGUUUUGACUAAUGCAUGCAUGCUUUAUAGAGGAAUAUCUGAAUACAAAAUUGAAUGAUUUGAUUUGUAAAAA